CGUUGUGGGGUUGGGUCAGUGAAGUCUGCACAGCAAUUCAAGCGAUCUUAUGACCUGUGGAGAAGUAAACGAGGUUGGCAGGGAAGGUGAAGUUAUACGAGGAAAGCUCUCGUCUCUGCAGGCAAACUUCUCCAACAAACUCUGAACAAUGGCAAACAUUCAAGUGCCUGUUGUCGACCUGCUGGGAGACAAUCCAGUUCAGGUUUUCUGUCCAAAGUGUAAUCAGACAGUUCUCACCAAAGUGGACUACUCCUCCGGUCUGCUCACGUACCUUUUUUGUGGAGGACUCUUCCUCUGUGGCUUUGUUCUAGGUUGCUGUCUCAUCCCCUUCUGUGUUGACCGGCUGAAAAAUGCAAAACAUUCCUGUCCGACCUGCAAGAAUGAACUUGGUGUCUAUAAACGCUUAUAAUCAAUAUGACCACUGCACUCCUUUUAAGUGAACAAACAAACGCCUGCUGGUUGCUGGCUAAGAAA